CUUCAUUUCGCGCCUCUCCCCUGCGCGAACUAUCGUCUCCUGCGCGUCUCGCUUUGCUCUGCCUUUAUAAAGCCUCCUCCCUGGUCGCCACAGAGACCAGUAUCUCUAACAUCAUUGACUGCGACACCGCUGCUGUUGACUUCGUACCAGAGAUUCUGAACCAUAUAUAAACCAACACCAUCAACCGGAGACUCGCCAAAGAUGAGUGCUGCUGAGACUAAAACACUGAAGGCCAAACUUGAGGAUCUGCAGUGUCACUUCACCUGGAAUCUGGAUGCUACAGCGUCCAAACUUUUACGCAUCAGUGAACAUCUGAUAGACAUUGGUUCUGAUGAGGGAAACACUUGGCUGGGUCAAAUUUACAACCUGCUCGGAUACAUUCACUUCAAGCUGGGAAACAAUGACGAAGCCGGGGAGUUCUUCACCAAGUCUGAAGAGGCCUUACUCAAAACAAAGCAAGGCGAUCAGGGUCCUUGGAUGGCGGUGAAUUAUGCUAAUCAGGCUUGGCUACGCCACCACCAAGGGGAAGAAGAGGAGGCGCAGGUUUAUUUGUCAAAAAUCGAUGCCCUGAUGAAAGAAUAUCCAACUCCAUCACAGGAUGAGUUACACCCUGAAAUCUAUGGUGAAAAGGCCUGGACUCUCCUGAAGUUUGGCAAAACACAAAAGGUUUUGGCACUCGACUUAUUCAAGAAAGCCAUUGAAAUAAAACCAGAUGUAGUGGAGUGGCAGAGUAGCUAUUUCAUAGGGUUCACGAACACCCACAAGCACAGCAGGGAAGGGCUACCGGCAGCCAAGAUGGAGGAGAUAAGAGAGGCCAUGGAACAGGAUCCAGAGAACCUGUAUCUCGCUGCUGUGUACCUAAAGGCCCGUGCCGAGAGGGGAGAACACGUCGAAGAGGAAGCACGCGAGUUGGCCACAAAGAUUUUGGGAAAUCCCGUCAGCUGUUACAGUGGGUUAAAAGUUAUCCUUAGGGUAUACAGAACCUACGACCUCAUUGAUGAGGCCAUUGCAUUGGCAGAAGAAGCUCUGGAAAACCAUGCAGAGGAACGUUAUCUAAAAAGAUGCGCCGCUCUCUGCUACCAGUGGAAGCUGAAAUUUUCAAGAAAUGGCCGACCAACGCAGAGGAUGAUCGAAAGAGCAAUGGCUCUCCACAAGGAUGUGAUCGUUCUUUAUCCUCAUUCGUCCUUUGUAAAGAAAAUGGACCUUGCAACAGUGUACGCAAAGACAGGUGACGUGAGAAGAGCCGAGGAGAUCUAUAAGGAUCUGCUCCGAGGUGAUUUGGAACCUGAAGACAGACAGGUCCUUUAUAACAGCUAUGCAAAGUUUCUCAACUUCGACCGAAAUGACCGCGACAGGUCAGUAGAUUACCACAUGAUGGCAGCAGAGAUACACCACGAGUCAUUUUUCCGACAGAACAGCAUCAGCGCUCUUGAGAAGAUCAGGGACAGGGGAAGGAACCGAAGGGGUCGUGAAAUCGCAGAGUUUUUGGAAAACUUGGAACAAGAGGGGUUUGUCUCAACACCAACCCUCACCCUCACCCCCACCACACGCACACGCACACACACACACAGUUGUUAGAGCAUUACUGUUCUGUUCCUGAAUUACAACAGAUACCUUAUAUAUACAUAUACAUAAAUACAUAUAUACAUUCUCACAAUUAAAUUGAUUGAACAUACCACCUAUCCCUAAUCUAGGACAUCACAGAGGUGGUUACAUUAAGACACGAAACUAAGCCUAUACUUAUAAUAAACACAAUUUCAUCCAGUCUAUAUAACUAUUGAAUAUUUGUCCUCUAACCUUUAGCGUUUUUCUAUAGCUGUGCCUCUUAAAUUCCAGUAGCAAAACCUCUAUAUAUUACAUAAAUCUACUUUUGCUUCUGCUCAUUUUUCUUUUGAUUUUUUUUUUUACAUUCUUUUGACUCGUUUCCCAGUGCUUUUCUCUACAGCAGGAGGGUGAAUGAAGACAAGAGGAUGUCUCAGAUCGCAAUCCUGAGUAGACCCGUGAUCAUAUAAAGUUUGUCGUUGGUGUUUGUGGUGAAUGCAUUUUCUUGGCAACGGGCUGUCAUGUGUGACUUUUUAAAGUAAUAGUUGGUAAAGAGUUCGAGUUUUUAGAUUUUACGGUCGCAUAUCUAACAAGAACAACAACUUGAACAUGAAAUUAGAAUGAGAAUUUUGUUUUUCCUCAGCUGUUUACGGAAGGGUUUGAUGCAAAGAUAAUGUAUUUCUCAUCAAUCUUGAAUCAAUGUAUGCUGGAAAAAUAAACAAAAUUCAAACAUAAAA